CAAACCUCAAUCCCAAACUCCGGUCUGUCUUGUGAUGAAUCCCUCAGUUCUUCCGGCUCCACCGCUAGCUUCUCUCCCAUCGUCCCCGGUCCCAACCGCAGGUGCCAAGCGUCGCGUCGCCAUCGCCGUCGACUUAAGCGAGGAGAGCGCUUACGCUGUUCGAUGGGCUGUUGAGAACUACCUUCGUCCCGGUGACGCCGUCGUACUCCUCCAAGUUUUGCCGACCUCCGUCCUUUACGGAGCCGACUGGGGCUCCAUCACCCCCAACUCCAAAAACAAGCACGAAAACGCGGAGGCAAUCGAGGAGGAGUUCGACAUUUUCGCCACGGCGACAGCGAACAAGCUGGCGCAGCCAUUAGUGGAUGCUAAGGUUCCGUUUAAAAUCCACGUAGUGAAAGAUCGUGACAUGAAAGAGAGGCUGUGUCUGGAAGUGGAGAGGUUGGGACUGAGUGCGGUGAUAAUGGGCAGCAGACGCACAAGGAGGAGCAACAAUGGAAGGCUAGGAAGCGUUAGUUACUAUUGCGUCAACCACUGCAUUUGUCCGGUUGUAGUUGUCCGCCGCCCAGACGAGGAUGACACCGGAGUCGGCCGAGCCGAGAGGAUCAAGAAAAUGAAGAUUGUUGAGGAAGACGUUGAACUGAAGCCGGUGCCGGAAGAGGAACUUGAGUAUCAAGAUGCUGAGGAGGAGCACAAUGGUUAGGUUUUCUAAAUUUGUAGUUUUUGUAAUUC